ACGCAGGAAACUUGUGCUCAGCAGUCGAUUUUAUCAGCAAAACGCUUGUAAUUGUAGCUAAACAUGGCAAAUUGCAUUUAUAAGCAUUUGCGUCUGAAAAUGUUUUUUAACUCUUCCAGUUCCUGAUGCUGUCCAGAGCCUUUUUUCAUCAUGAAAAAUGCAUGCAAAGUGUUUUCAAGGUACUCAGAUGGACAAAACACUGAAAACAGGAUGUUCCUACCAAGCUUGUCACACAUUGUAAUGACCAAUUCACACCUCAGACCUCUCACACCCUUGGAAACAAAAGAUAUGUUAAUGACCAUUCACACCUCAAAUUCCAGAUAA